UUCCGGCAACAAUUGCCCGCCUAACUGUCAAACGAAAACAUGUCGGGGUAGUCAACGACGCGGACUCGUUUUCUUUACAAUUUCGCACGCAGCGAAAAUGGCACAAGUGUUAAAUUUGGUGCGGACUUGUGGUUUAUUAACUUAUUUAUUUUUUUACGUGCACGCAAAUGUUAAUAUCACAUCGGAGCCACGGAUAAUAUCGUUGAAAGUUGACGAAAAAAAUUGUGAUAGAUUAAAUUGUAAAUAUUUACUAAGUGUUAAAGGUGGUGAAUUUCUAGGGCAUUACUCAUGGAGAUUAACCCCUGUGGAGCGUUCAGGGGACGGUGAAUGUGACGUCAUUUUCCCUAAUUACGAAAUAAAAGAGGUUUUAACGACGCAGUGGACGACAAGGCUCGAAGUAACAUUCCCGGUAUCAAAUUCGAGAGUUUAUUUUUGUGUGUAUAAAAAUCGUUUGAAGAACAAUCCGUUUGGUGGAAAAUGGGUGCAUCAGGGUCCUGAACAUUACUUGGAUGUAAAUAACGAGAAAUUACAAGAAACCAUCAAACCAGAUUUGACCCUAAACGAUCAAAUCGAUGAAAUCCAACGACUGAACACAAAAUGGUCAGAUCUCACACACGAUAUCGACAUCAAUCGAAAACCUCCCCCAAGACUAACAAGAGAAGAAAAAGAAGAUAUAGAAGUAUUAAUAAACGAUAACUAUGUGCCUUUAACUGAAAUACAACACCAAAGCAAAAAUGAAACGAAAAAAGAACAGAAUAAUGAUUCCGAAGAAAACUCGUUACAACGCCUGAAAAGAGAUGCCCAAAAUGCAUCAAAAGCUCCCUUGACUGUCCAAAAGGCGGUAACGGAAAAUCUGGACGUCGUUUCCGAGGGUUUUUCAUCUGGAGUCGUACGGAUGCCACGGGAUGUGACUGUUCCGGAAGCGGAUUUCAGCAGUGUCAGGUCUUAUCCGUUUUCGGUGAAUAUUGAAGGAUUGAGGGUUGAGGAAUCGAAUAAGGAGCCUCGCAUUGAAGAUGGCGUGCCUAGUGUGCUUGCUGAUUCGGCUGUCACUUUGAGAUUAUUCGGCGAUGGUCUGACAUCUCGGACGGUGAUCGCAUUCACCCACGAGAUUCAGCAGUACGGACAGCCGUGCAAGUUUCUACUGAAAGGGGAAUAUAUGGUAAAAGAAGGCUCCCUAAAAGCAAGAACCGCCCUAUUCGACGUCGUAGCCCCAGCACCAAUCACCGACUCAAAACUCUACAUAUGCGCGAAAAACCUCAAAAUAGGCGUCGACGAUCCCUUCAACGACGAGGAGAAAUACCUUCACCAAGGGACCGAAAGCUACAAGAUGCUGUCCUCUCACACCUCUUUAUUACCCCUCUGGGUGUCUUUAACCCUCAUUCUGACCUGCCUAACCUUCUCUGCCCUAUUCUCCGGGCUGAAUCUCGGCCUAAUGUCCCUAGAUCGAACUGAAUUGAAGAUCAUUUCAAAUACUGGUACUGAGCAGGAGAGGAAAUACGCCAGGGCAAUUAUGCCGGUACGGGAUCAUGGGAACUAUCUCCUGUGCAGUAUUUUGCUCGGGAAUGUCGCUGUGAACUCGACUUUUACGAUUUUACUCGAUGAAUUGACUUCGGGGUUGUUUGCUGUUAUAUUUUCCACGCUGGCAAUUGUUUUGCUGGGUGAGAUCACGCCUCAAGCUAUUUGUUCGAGGCAUGGGCUCAUGGUUGGCGCCAAGAGUAUUAUGAUUACUAAGGCAGUAAUGGCCCUAACAGCGCCUCUAGCGUUCCCAGUCAGCAAACUCUUGGACUACUUCCUAGGCGAGGAGAUCGGCAGCGUUUACAAUCGCGAACGGCUGAAGGAACUCGUCAAGGUAACGACGGAUGUUAACGACCUGGACAAAGAUGAGGUUAACAUAAUAUCCGGUGCAUUAGAACUACGCAAGAAGACUGUGUCCGAUGUUAUGACGAAAUUGGAAGAUGUAUUCAUGCUGCCCAUCAGCUCGGUGCUGGACUUCGAGACCAUGUCGGAGAUUGUGAAGUCUGGCUACUCUCGUAUCCCAGUCUACGAGGGCAGCCGCGGCAACAUAGUCACGGUGCUGUUCAUCAAGGACCUCGCCUUCGUGGACCCUGACGACAACACGCCGCUGCGCACUCUCUGCCAGUACUACCAGAACCCCUGCAACUUCGUCUUCGAAGAUGUCACCCUGGAUGUCAUGUUUAAGCAGUUUAAAGAAGGUCACAAAGGGCACAUGGCGUUUGUCCACCGCAUAAACAACGAAGGCGAGGGCGACCCCUUCUACGAGACCAUCGGUCUGGUGACCCUGGAGGAUGUCAUCGAGGAGAUGAUACAGGCCGAGAUCGUGGAUGAGACCGACGUGUUCUUGGACAACCGCUCGAAACGCAGGCGGAACCGUCCGGCGAACAAGCUGCAAGACUUCGCCGCCUUCGCCGAGCGUCACGAGAACCAACGCAUACAUAUAUCGCCGCAACUCACUCUCGCUACAUUCCAGUUUCUUAGUACCAGCGUGGACGCUUUCCGCCCGGACACGGUGUCGGAGACUGUCCUGCGUCGUCUUCUCAAGCAGGACGUCAUUCACCACAUCAAGUUGAAGGGCAAGACCAAGAAGGACCCCAGCACUUAUGUCUUUCAGCAAGGGAAGCCGGUGGACUACUUCGUGCUGAUCCUGGAGGGCCGCGUGGAGGUGACGGUGGGCCGCGAGAACCUCGUGUUCGAGGCCGGGCCCUUCACCUACUUCGGGGUCCAGGCCCUCACGCAGAACGUCGGCCUCGCGGAGUCCCCCACACCGUCAGCGAUGGGCUCCCUGCAGAACAUCAACAUGGACUCGAUGUUGCGACACACCUUCGUGCCGGACUACUCCGUCAGGGCCAUCACUGAGCUCUUCUACUUGACCGUCAAGAGAUCACUAUACUUGGCGGCUAAACGCGCGACGCUCAUGGAGAAGGGAGCGUUAUCAAAGGGCGCUACAAACGAGCAGUUUGACACGGAAGUUGAUAAGUUGUUACAAUCGGUGGACGAGGAUAUCAGUAUAAGCGGUGAACACAAGACACCUUCGAGACAGGUCUCCCCCCACCCGCAGCCGGUGUCGGCCUCCCCCCACACGCGGUCCUCGUUCGCGCGCGCCUCCCCGGACGCCCGCAACGGCGACGUGUUCGCCCGGCCCGAUGAACAGGAGAAACUACUCAAAUAACACAUGGUGACACUCGCUUUGCCCACCAGGUGAUCUAGCCCACUGCUGGGCACAGGCCUCAGCAAGGGUAGAGAUGAUUUUUGAGUUUAGGUAAUUUGUUUAUGAGACGAACUGUUGUAAUUACAUAUUGUGUUUGUUUCCCACUGCUGGGCAAAGGCCUCUUUCAGUGUAAAGAUAAUUUAUGUGUCUAGAUAACUUAUUUAUCGGUGAAACUGCUGUAAUUAAAAUGACAAACCUCACUCUGCCCAGCAGUUGAGCUGGCCCACCGUUGGGCAAACCGACUAGGCCUAUUACGCCGUGCCUAGUACGAUGUUAUGUAUAGCUAAGUUUAAUGUUACUAAGAGAAACUGCGGCAUAAUACUUGUAUAAUUGAUACUUAGAAUAUUACGUCAAUAACGAGAUUAUGUUGAUCUAUUAUAAAGGGUGGAAGGGACGUCAUACCGAUCCCGUGGUCCAGGGGUUUUUUUUUAU